AUGGGCCUCUUAGCGCUCGGAACUGCAUUAGACUGGCCUGAAGCCAAAAAGAGAGCCGACCAGGUGCGCAAAUGGGGAAUAGAGCAAUUGCUGGCGAAUUGGCGCAGGGCAAAGUCAAAGGAGCGUGAUGCUCUACUCUGGGGUGAUGAGGUCGAAUAUCUAGUUGUCGCCCUUGACGAUGAAGCUAAGAAGGCCCAAUUAUCCCUCGCACAGGCGGAAAUUCUCCAAUCACUUGCAGUGGAUGAAGCGCUAUGGAAGGCAGGAGGCGCUCAUACCCAAACUCACCAUGCGGGACAUGAAGGUGAGAGACCGCCACAUUUUCACCCAGAAUUUGGCCGUUUCAUGUUGGAAGCUACGCCAGGAAGGCCCUGGGGCAUUGACUUCAAAGACCUGUUGAAGGUCGAGUCAGAUAUGAAAUGGAGGCGGGUCAUUGCCAAAGCUCAUAUGAAACCAAAUGAGUAUCCCAUCACCCUCACAACGUUUCCUCGUCUAGGUUUGGGGGACUACAUUCAGCCGUACUAUCCUCCAUCCGGGCCGGCAUUACGCUCUCAGUUCGUUCCCGACAAAAUCGCCAAUCCCCAUAUACGAUUCCCGACUCUAGCGGCCAAUAUCAGGUCGAGGAGGGGACGAAAGGUUGAGAUAAAUGUUCCGGUAUUCAAGGACACCAAUACUCUUGAGCCUUUUAAUGACCCAACUGUGAACUAUGAUCUUCACAACUGGCCUGAAGAUGAUGAUGUCAGGAAUGGUGCAGUUAAGGAAGGGCACGUCUACAUGGACGCCAUGGCGUUUGGGAUGGGGAGUUGCUGCCUUCAGAUUACAUUCCAGGCUAAAAACAUGACGGAAGGACGAAAGCUAUACGACCAAUUGAGCCCACUGGGACCGAUUCUACUGGCAUUGACUGCCGCAACGCCAAUUUAUAAAGGAUUCCUCGUCGACACAGAUGUCCGGUGGAAUCAAAUCAGCCGGGCUGUUGAUGAUAGGACCCGGGAAGAACUUGGUGAAGUUCCCCUCAAAGAGGACAGGUGGAGAAUUCCAAAGUCCAGAUACGCCUCGAACUCGACCUAUAUCUCCCAAGAUCCCCGACUUCGAAAGGAAUACCUAGAUCCGGAUUUGGUGGUGGACGAAGAAAUCAAAAAGCGCCUAACGGACGAAGGCAUGGAUGAUCUUCUGGCAACACACUUUGCGCAUCUCUUCAUUCGGGAUCCCCUGGUUAUCUUCUCCGAGGAUUUAGACGAACUGGACUUGACGAAAGCGGAUCAUUUUGAAAACCUGCAGUCAACAAAUUGGCAGCAUAUGCGUUUCAAACCCCCGCCACCCGAAAAGCCAGAGAUUGGUUGGAGAGUCGAGUUUCGAUCAAUGGAAGUACAGAUGACCGAUUUCGAGAAUGCCGCAUUUAGUAUCUUCAUUGUGCUUGUAACCCGUGCUAUUUUGAGCUUUGAUUUGAACUUUUACAUUCCCAUCCCGCGAACGACGGAGAACAUGGAAACGGCACACGCGCGCGAUGCUAUACACACGCGGAAGUUCUACUUCCGCAAGGAUCCUUUCCCUCGUCCUGCCCAGAGACGCCAAAAUCAGUCACCGAACGGCGUUAGCACCCCGCCGCCUUCGCCUCCAUCCGGACCGGUAGAACUGGAAUAUGGUCAGAUGACGAUAUCGGAGAUCAUAAAUGGGUCGACUGAAGGAUUCCCUGGUCUCAUCCCUCUUGUCCAGUCGUAUCUGAACAGCGUUAAUGUAGACGUUGAGACACGCUGUGCACUGGAACGCUACCUCGCCUUGAUUCGCAAACGGGCUGACGGAACCCUGUGGACUGGAUCUCGAUGGAUCCGCGAAUUCGUGGCGUCCCAUCCAGAAUACAAACAUGACAGUGUGGUCUCAGAAAGAAUCUGCUACGACCUUGUGAAGGCGGUUGAGGAAAUGACAACGAAGGAAGGUAAAGAUGGUUCCGUCGGAUGGGAACUCCUCAGGGGUAAGGAAUGA